UUUUAACAUUUUUAAUUCAUUUCAAGUUGACAAUGUGAAAGAUAUGGCCUCUUUCAAAAUUCUCGUAUCAUAGUAAUAUCAGCUCAUCUGAAAACUGCCUCUCAUUGACAAGAAAUACUCGAAGAAAAACUACAAGAAUAUCAACCAAAACCACACCACGAAUUUUGUGUCUGUAAUUUCAAAUAUAAGCGGGAACUCGCCGACACAACUUCAACUUCAUGUCAAUUUUGGAAAAAUGGCGUGCAAAUCGAUUAUCAGCAGUGUUGACUGCCAGGGAAGUUGAGCUGGGAAGUUCACCUAGAUUCUACAGAUCAAAACAAUAAUAUAACCAUGACAUCUGAAGAUCUAUUGCAGCCAGGGCAUGUAGUUAAAGAACGAUGGAAGGUGGUGAAAAAAAUUGGGGGUGGUGGUUUUGGAGAGAUUUACGAAGGCUUGGAUCUGAUAACUCGUGAGCAGGUUGCCCUUAAAGUGGAAUCUGCUAGGCAACCGAAACAGGUACUCAAAAUGGAGGUGGCUGUUCUGAAAAAAUUGCAGGGCAAGGAGCACAUUUGUAGAUUCAUCGGCUGUGGAAGAAAUGACAGAUUCAAUUAUGUGGUAAUGCAAUUGCAAGGGCGCAACCUGGCCGAGCUAAGACGAGCGCAACCGCGAGCCGCCUUCAGUUUGUCGACCACCUUGCGUCUCGGCUUGCAGAUACUCAGGUCCAUCGAAAGCAUACACUCUGUCGGGUUUCUUCAUCGUGAUAUCAAACCUAGUAAUUUUUCAAUGGGUAGACUGCCAUAUAAUUGUAGGAAAGUAUAUAUGUUAGAUUUCGGGCUUGCUAGGCAAUAUACUACUGCGACUGGAGAAGUGAGAGCUCCCAGAGCAGCUGCUGGCUUCCGUGGCACUGUUCGAUAUGCCAGUAUCAAUGCACAUAAAAAUAGAGAAAUGGGAAGGCACGACGAUCUUUGGAGUUUAUUUUAUAUGUUAGUAGAAUUUGUGAAUGGCCAGUUGCCUUGGCGAAAAGUCAAGGAUAAGGAGCAAGUGGGACUUAUGAAAGAAAAGUACGAUCACAGGUUACUUUUGAAACAUUUACCGUCCGAUCUUAAACAAUUUCUCGAUCACAUACAGAGUUUGGAAUAUGCCGACAAACCAGAUUAUCAGAUGCUGAUAUCGUUGUUCGAACGAUGCAUGAAGCGGCGAGGCGUGAAAGAGACGGACCCCUACGAUUGGGAGAAGCCUGCCCAAACAGAGAACACGCCCGUCUCGCAAACGGUGACCAUACAGCAACCGACCGCCCCCACGACCCUGCCCAGACACACCAAACACACAGUAACCACCGACAACAACCAGGAGAAUAUCGAGCCGACCGACAACAAAGAGGCACAACUGGAUACUCGAAGACGUAUAGAAACAGAGAAUACUGCACCUUUAGUUACGGAUACUCAAACAAAUGCAGCUAGACCCGUGGUGGACAAGAAUUGCAAUGCAACUGCGGUGGAACAAAUUCAGGGCCGCAAACGGCGCGCCACCUCCCACCUCGACCAGCCACCCGCCGACCGCCUCGACAACGUCGACCACCACGGCUCCUCCGCCAAGUCGACCUCGGACGCGGCCAACGCGAAAGCGGCCGCCGCUGCCGCCCCGCUGCGCAAGAGCCAAUCGGGCGCCGCCACGCUGGGCAGGCUGCGCGUGUCGGUGGCGGCCCAAUCGCAGGCGGCCGCCCAGUCGCAGGGCGAGAGUCCGGCGGCGACACCCGAGCAGGAGCGGCCGGCACGUCGGCGACAGGCGGGCGCGAGGAGUUUGAGGUCGGGCGGCGCGAGGGACCAGAGCCUCACGCAGUUCGCCGUGAUGGAUGACGAGAACGUGAGUCAGCAGGUGACUCGAGGAGGUGCCUUGACGCUGGCCAGCCAGUGGAAGUCGCAAUUCGAUGACAGCGAGGAAACGACCGACAACGAGUGGAAGCCGGAAAGCCCCGAGCACAGGGGCGGCGCGGCGGCCGGCCAAUCGGAGGCGGCGGCGGCGAACGCGCUGCUGCCCAUCCUGAGCAGGAUCAGCGAGGACUCGCGGACCAGCCACAGGAAGUACAUCAAUAUUGCGGGGAUCGAGGAUUAUCCCGAGCUAGUCGGCGGCCUCCCGCGAGCGUGGUCCACCCCGUCGCUCGGUCCUUCCGUGCGCGCCAGCCUCAAGCCGCCCCUGCUGCAGCAGGCGGCCUUCGACGAUCUCGUCUUCGAGGUGGACGUGAUGCGGAACGUGGCGACGAAGCGCGCGCAGAACGCCGAGGGGGCGGCGGCGCAGGCGUGGAAUGGGCGGUCGCGGGCGGGCAGGUGGGGCAGCCUGCCGGCCUUGAACUUGGCGGAGGCGGCGGAGGGGGCAGGCGAAGCGGGUGGCGCGGAGAACGGCGACGACGAGGGAUUGCAAGAGGUCGCCGGAAAACUGGAAAUCCGAGUGGUCCCCAAAGACCACUCAGCCAAAGAUACCGCCCUUACCCCUUCGCCCACACCUCCCGCCAAACCCCCCCUGCACAAUGGUCAUUCGGAACCGCCGCCCGACGCUGCCCCCCAAAAACCCCUAGCGGAGCGGACGAAGAGCAUCUUGAAGCAGAGCAGCAAGGAGAAGAGCGAGCCGAUCGAGUUGGCCAGUCCGAAGAGGGAGAACAUCACGUUCGCCUUGGAGGUGGAGAGGAUCGAGAGGGGGGAAUCGGAGACGGGGGAGAAGAAGUUAAACGACGUCGAUCGGGACACGCAGUGCGACUUGAAGGUGACGAAGAGCGUCGGGGUCGAGAGUCGGAGCAGCGUUGGUAUCGAUGCUCCGGAUGUACCUAAAACUAGCGACAAACAGAUAGGUACUGAUACGGUUCCGAAAAAGAAGGUCGAAACGGAAUCCAGCAGCACAGAAACAGACGCCAAACUGUCGAAAGGCCGUUCGCAGCAAGACAGUUUGGAGAGGAACCGGAAAAAACUCCACCGGAAGUCUAGCUUGCAUUUGGAGGCUGCCGAAACGCUGAGCAGGAGCACCUCGCAGAAAGCGCUGUCCAAACCGCUGGUGGCUGUGAAAAACAGUUGCGUCGAGUCGAAAUCGGACAGCAGUUCUAGCGCGAAUUGCAAGAUGGACAAGAGAGGAGAGCACGAAGGACAGGAGAGAUGUCAGCUGAUCGCGAAUAAGGCAGAGGGCAAGGACAUGGUGAGGUGUUCGCCGUCUGUCGAUUUGAGUACAAAUCCAAACGUUACUUUUGUAUCGACCACUAGCAUUCCAGAAUUGAGAGAAAAGAGAUCUAUUGUGAACGGACUGAGUCCAGGAAUGGAUGAACAAUCGGAGUACUUCGAUGCCACUGAAAAUCCAAUAAUAAAAGACAAACGACAAGAACAAGAGGAUGACGAUAGCGGUGUGGAUAAUGCUAGUCAAAUAUUGAGGGAGUCAUCUACAAGUCCCGCAAUGGAAGGCAACCGAUUAUCGAAAAUUCCAGUAGCUGUUAGUGGCCAGCGGCUGGCCAAAUGUAUGUCUUGGUCAGGCGAUCUCACGCCAGGACUUCGAAGACGAAGGCAAAAUGAAAAAUACGUAACAGAUCCUACUCAACUCAAACUUAGAUUCAAAAGACAUUCGAGCAGUGGUUUGGAAAAGAUAAUAGCGCUAGCGAAGAACACCCUGCUGUGGCUGCCCGAGCAGUGUCUGUACGGUAUUUAUGUCGUUUCAGGUGUCCGCGCCAGAGGCGUUUCGAGCUGCCUCAUCGACGCGCCCGAGAGCUCGCCGGAAUCGUCCGAGGGGCAGGCACCGCCGCCCCCGCCCACGGGCGAACCGCCCUCGGAGUCGCAGGUGCGCUGCCGGCGGUUCCGCCCCGUCACAUAGUAGACCGAUAUGUCGAUGAAUAAAUGUAUUUAUGCGAGGUUUUUUGCGUGACGAGUUCAUUGAGCGUUUUGAUGUUUCGAUUGGAAUAGUCUAAGAGCCAGCGCCAAAAAUUCUCUCUCUCUUGAAGAGAAGUGGUUGACUUGCUUUACAAAUUACUCUCAUGCAA